CCUGGGGAGGCGGAGGGAGGCGGCAUGGCCCGGCUCGGCCCGGCCGGAGGCGGCGGCGGAGGCAGCCCGGUCGUCCCCCUGCGCCUGGAGUCCCCGUCCGCCGGCCCCGCGCCGCACUGGCUGGCCGUGCUGAUGGUGCUGCUGCCGGACGGCGAGGGCGACGACGAGGGCGACGAGGCGGGAGCCCAGGCCGGUCGGCGCAGGAGGAGGCGCGGGAGGCGCGCCAGAGCAGCCGCCGCCGCUGGGCUGCUCUCCGGGGACCCUCGCCGGAGGCUCCUCCUGCUGCUGCUGCCCGCGAAUGGGGGCUCCGCAGGCGGCGGCGGCGGCGGCGGCCCGCGCUCCCACCCGCCUGCGCCCUCGGAGGGUCUCCCCAGAGGUGGGCUGACCAUGAAGGAAGAGCCUUUGACCGGUGGUGGGCUGUCAGCUGUGAGGUCUUGGAUGCACGGGACUGGCAUUCUGGAUGCCAACACCGCAGCUCAAAGUGGCGUUGGGCUGGCUCGGGCCCAUUUCGAGAAGCAGCCUCCAUCCAACCUCAGGAAAUCAAACUUUUUCCACUUUGUCCUGGCCAUGUACGACCGGCAUGGGCAGCCUGUGGAGAUCGAGAGGACGUCUUUCAUCGACUUCGUGGAGAAGGACAGGGAGCAGACAGGAGAGAAAACCAACAAUGGCAUCCACUACCGGUUACAGCUUUUGUACAGUAACGGACUUCGGACGGAGCAGGACCUCUAUGUGCGGCUGAUUGACUCCAUGUCCAAGCAGGCAAUCAUCUACGAAGGGCAAGACAAGAAUCCAGAGAUGUGCCGUGUGCUGCUGACGCAUGAAAUCAUGUGCAGCCGCUGCUGCGAUAAGAAAAGCUGUGGGAACCGCAACGAGACCCCGUCUGACCCCGUCAUCAUCGACAGAUUUUUCCUCAAGUUCUUCCUCAAAUGCAACCAGAACUGCCUGAAGAAUGCAGGGAACCCCCGGGACAUGCGCCGCUUUCAGGUUGUGGUGUCGACGACAGUCAAUGUGGACGGCCAUGUCCUGGCGGUGUCUGAUAACAUGUUUGUGCACAACAACUCCAAGCAUGGGAGGCGAGCAAGAAGGCUGGACCCCUCUGAAGCUGCCACCCCCUGCAUCAAAGCCAUCAGCCCCAGCGAAGGCUGGACGACGGGCGGCGCCACCGUCAUCGUCAUCGGGGACAACUUCUUUGACGGGCUGCAGGUGGUCUUUGGCACCAUGUUGGUGUGGAGCGAGCUCAUCACGCCCCAUGCAAUCCGUGUGCAGACUCCGCCAAGACACAUUCCCGGAGUGGUGGAAGUGACCCUCUCCUACAAAUCGAAGCAGUUCUGCAAAGGAGCGCCAGGACGCUUCGUUUACACUGCCUUGAAUGAGCCAACCAUCGACUAUGGCUUCCUGCGCUUGCAGAAGGUGAUCCCGCGACACCCCGGAGACCCUGAACGUUUGCCCAAGGAAGUGCUACUCAAGAGAGCGGCUGACCUGGUGGAAGCGUUAUAUGGGAUGCCGCACAACAACCAGGACAUAAUUCUGAAGCGAGCAGCGGACAUCGCCGAGGCUUUGUACAGCGUCCCGCGCAACCCCAACCAGUUGACCUCGCUGACCGGGAACCAUUCCCACUCGGGCAUGAUGAAUGUCAACUCCUUUGGGAGCCAGCUGGCCGUCAACAUCAGCGAAUCCACCCAGGGCUCAGAGCAAGGGUACACACGCAACACGAGCAGUGUCUCGCCGCGAGGCUAUGUCCCCAGCUCCACCCCGCAGCAGAGCAACUACAACACCAUCACGUCCAGCAUGAACGGCUAUGCAGGGACUGCCAUGACCAGCCUGGGGGUCCCGGGGUCCCCCAGCUUCCUCAACGGCUCCACGGCCAACUCCCCCUACGCCAUCAUGCCCUCCAGCCCACCUCUGGGGGCCUCGUCCAUCGCCAGCUCCUCGACCCCGGGAGGCGUCUUCUCCUUCUCUCCCGUCAACAUGAUCUCCGCCGUCAAGCAGAAAAGCGCCUUUGCCCCCGUGGUGCGGCCGCAAGCCUCUCCGCCCCCUACCUGCACCAGUGCCAAUGGGAACACUCUGCAGGACCAAACCUUUGAGGAUUCGGCAGACAAGUUCCACACUCCGUCUCGGUCGCUGCAAGGACUGGCUUACUCCUAAUCACACACGUUGUCGGGUCUCAUCGUUCCGCCCAUGUGAUCGGGAAACGGAGGAUGGGCUGGGCUGGAAGGAGGGACCAACAGACUGGCACUGACCCAGACCCUUGGACUUGGAAGGGUGUGGGCCCUUCUCAAUGCAUUCCUGGAGCACACGCCUCCCCACCCCCAGCUCCUUCCAACCCGGCUGCAGGAUUUCAAGAAGGCUCCCCCUUCUGGUGGGAGGCUGCAGUGCAGCGGGGCAAGCACUGGGUAGUGAUGCUCACUCAUCUGCUACCAGGAGAUGCCCAGCCACAAACUGGGGGCGAAGAUACAAUUUUUAGGGAGAGGUGUUUGAGGGGGUUUCAGCACUGCCAUCCUUUCUUUACCCCGCCCUCUUGCACCAUUCCUCACAGCUUUGGUUAAAGAAUCAGAAGCAAAGCCCGCCCGCACCGUCCCCUCACCUGGGUUGCCCUCCCUCAGGUAGAUUUGCUCCCAGCAAAGAGCAGAGUGUUCUCCCGUCUUAGCCGGAGAGGGUCUCCCUUUGGAAGCCGGACCCUGAGCGUCAGCCCUGCGCACCAGGACUCCUGGGUCCUCCUCCUCACUAUUCUUAAAUUGUCACUCCCGUGGCCUUGGGUGUGGACCCCAGGAAAUGAUUUGGCAAGGAGAGGGUGGUCUUCCCUAUGCUUAGGGAGGUUUCCAUCUCUGCUCCAAAGCAAGCUGGUUCACGUUACGCCCCUGGCCAAACUGGAGAUUGCUUUCUGGCGAGGGGGAAGAGUGUUGGCGUUCCAAACAGCGACGCUCCCUUUCCCUUUUCUAAACCCCCACCUUGCAACGUGCAGGCCCUAUCAGUCCUCCAGCACAGAAAAACCUGGGUGCUGAAGGACCUCGAUGUGGGCAAAGCCUUUGGGGCUCACCGCUCCAUCGCAUCGCCCGAAAGGUCCAUCCCUUGUCCACUGCAACUGCUAACCAGCCUCCUCUUAACACGUGUCUUAAUCUGAAGGUUUUGGGGCUAAGCAGCCCCUUCUAACUGGACACGUGUGAAGAACCCUGGCAACUUUCCCCCUUCCGCCCAGAUCUUGGCCAUGUGUUGCUCAUCUUCUUCCCAGGCGUUCCAGAUGUUUAAAUGCCCACCCACGAAUCUCCCAGAGAGAGUUUCUCCUUCGUUCCUUUCCGCCUCACCCCAUCGAGGCAGGAAGGGCCGCCGUCUCCCGAUUCCUGAAACCAGAAAGGGCUUGACAAGCCAAAUCCUUCUAAAUUGAUGUGCUCUUGGGCCGGGUGAAUGGCAGGAGCCUUCGUGGGGACAACUGGCUUCUCUGCCGAAAAGCAGCAAAUGUCCCGUACCGGCCAGCUUUCCGGUGCAGGAGGGUGGGCUCAGAGCUCUAAGGUUUUGCAAGCUCAUUGAUCGGGAGAAUCAUGCGCCAGGACCCCACUCCGGUCCCACCUCCCCUGGGAUCCAGUAGCUGACAGGAAGCUGCCUUGUACCAAGAGAGAGCACAGAUACACCUGGCUCAGGUGGGACCUUCUACAUGCAAGGCAGAUGUCCUGGCCCUGAGCCAAGGCCCAACCAGUGAGCUACAGUAGCUCUGGAGUGGUGCCGCAGUUUGUGGCUUGCGGGAAGCAUUUUUCCACCUGGCAUAAUACUUAAGAGACAGCCCUGUAGGAGCAGAAAGUGAGGAGUAGGGAGUAGGCAGUGUAGACGAUUCUUGGAGGAAGAGCACAGGCGUCGUCUCUCCAAGCCCCGGACUCACAGUUCAUGUGAAUGUCUCCCCAUAGGGGACCCACCCCCAACCCGUCAUAGAAUUGUAGAGUUGGAAGGAACCUGGGGGUCAUCUAGUCCAGCCCCCUGCAAUACCCCAGAAUACCCCUCCCCUGGUAACCCAGAGCCUGCUUUCUUCCCCCAGGAGCAGAGAAGGUGUUAGGAUAGCCCUGGUGCCCACAGAAAGUGAUCCUCAGCUGUGGUCACAUCAACACUCGUAUCUCACUUUAAGAGUCAUGGUAUCCCCCAAAAAAUAUUCCUGGGAACUGUAGUUUUGUUAUGGGGAUGUAGGGUGGUAAGGAAACCCUGGAGAAACUACAGUUCACGGGAUUUUUGAGGCGGAAAGCCAUGAUUCUCUAAAGUGGUAUAAGAGGGCUUUAAAUUCAUGGUGUGGCCGCAACCAAAAUCUACGGUAUAAACUUCUGCCUGGUUGUCUUAUCUGUGUUCCCCUAUAAGGAACCACGGGAAUUUUAGAUUGUUGAGGGGAAAACAUAGUAGAUACUCUGUUUUGAGAUUCCCCAGCCUCUCCUCAGAGAACUGCCGGUUCCUGGGGAGAGGGAAUGGCUAUUAAACCGGUUUAAAGAGUAAACUAGACGCCAAGCCUUUUGAAGGAAUGUGCUCCUGUGCGUGAAACUUGCCUGUGGACAGCACAGAAAUUGAGAAUUUGGCGUUGCCUCAGCAAACACUCCCCUGAUCCCAGAUUUGCUAAAAUGGCGGGGGAUUUGGGGGUGCUUGAGGGUGUGGAAACUCCUUUGCCGAACCCCCACAAACGCUUCCCCCCUGAUGGGCUGGUUUUCAGCUUCAGACCUGGACGGAAAGGAACGAGAUAUCAGGGAUUGCGCCCAACGUUAGCAGGGAGCCUUUUUUCCUGGGGGAGACUCAUCAAGCGUGGGACGAAGAGCUAAGCACCUUCUCAUCCUAUGAAAUGAUUCUUCCCGCCCCGGUGCACUGGCAUUGCAAGGCAAACACGGGUGCCCACCCAACUUGGUUUGGCACCCAAAGCCGCUCCCCUGGAAAACUGGGCGCCCACCAUGUUGUUUCCACGCUAAGGCCCCUGGAAAACUCACACUGGCAUUAGUUGUCAGUCCCUUUCCCCCUCGGCAGCCACAACAAUUUCAGGACGUGCCUUUCCAUGUUCGGAAAAUGGCCUUCAGGAGAGCUUCGUUCCUAUUUCCCAUUUCACCUUUUCCUCCUUCGUUUUCUUUUCAACCACCCGAGCAAUCUCAAGCCCAUACGAAAUGCCGGUACACUGUUUUUUGCAUAUCUUUUUUUUAUAUCUAUAUAAAAAAACCCUCUCCCUUUCUUUUUUUAAAGCAACAGAAAUACAGUCCUGUGUUGUUGUUUUUACACACACUUCUUUCCUUUUUUGUAAAAAGAGAAUUAGAGUUUUAAAAAACUGGGGCUCGUUCCAACAGAGCGUUCUCCGGCCGAGCCCCGCUAAAAAUGAGGCGCUGUGUGUGUUUCAACGGAGCUGUGGUCGGGGAGCUUCCUGCUGCCUCACGCCCCUGGCUUUUCAGGCGAAUCUUCUCUCGGCCUCCCGCAGUUAUUUUUCUAGCAUUAUUUCCAAGUGGGAAGGAGGGGAUCAAACUUUUGUAAAUAAAGAUUAUGGGGAAAGAAGAGUCCCGGAUGCUGGGCUUGCAAACCACCCCCUCGCCGGGGGGCUUGUUCUCUCUCUGUGUAUUUAUCUUUGUCGUACGGAGAAUCCUUCUCCUGUUUCAUGUUUCCUUUGUAUUUUUUUUAUUAUUGUUUUUAAUUUUUAAUUUUAUUUUCUACAUUGUCCGUUGUGUGUCCUGUGACGGCUGUUGUACAAUAGCAAUGUUGAUAAAUGCCCGGCUGCACUGUUUUUCAAUGUAA